AACUGUCAAGGUUAUUAUAUCACCUUCUUUUUUUUGUUGCUAACUUUUAACUUUCUAACUACAUAUGUAUACUUGUACAUAUAAAAAAAGCUAGAGCUAGGCGAGACCCUUAUUGCUAUACUAAUUGAAAACAAUGGAUGAGCCUUUGCUUGAGACGUUGACCUCGGAAAUCGUCAACGGUAACUACGCGUCGCCACCCUUAUUAAAUGAAGACUAUUUGCCGGCGAGGAGCGUGAAAGAGUUGAAAACAGUGUUCUGGUUGGAGAGUUUGAAGCUGUGGAGAAUCGCAGGUCCGGCAGUGAUAACCAUUUUGUGUCAGUAUGGCACCAACUCGGCCACCAGCAUCUUUGUUGGACAUCUCGGCGAUAUUGAGCUCUCCGCCAUCUCCAUUUCUCUUGGCGUCAUUAGCUCCUUCUCAUUCGGCUUCCUGCUUGGUAUGGGGAGUGCACUGGAAACGCUUUGUGGGCAAGCAUUCGGGGCUGGACAAGUUCAUAUGCUUGGGGUUUACAUGCAACGUUCGUGGAUAAUAUUAUUUACUUUCUGCCUUUUACUCACUCCACUCUACGUUGUCGCCGGACCACUUCUGAAACUGUUGGGCCAAAACGAUCAAAUAGCCGAUCUGGCUGGACAGUUCUCCAUUCAGAUCAUUCCUCAGUUGUUCUCCCUGGCCUUGAAUUUUCCAGCACAGAAGUUCCUUCAGGCCCAGUCCAAGUUCGACGUCCUCGCCUGGAUUUCAUUUGUGGUCCUAAUCUGUCACGUAGGCCUACUCUGGCUCUUCAUUUACGGCCUAUCCUUGGGAACAAUGGGUGCGGCCUUCGCCUUGGAUAUCACUGCAUGGGCCACCUGCUUGGCCCAAAUUGUUUAUAUCAUGGUCUGGUGCAAUGAGGGCUGGACUGGGUUUUCGUUGAUGGCCUUUAAGGAUAUAUGGGCCUUUGUUAAGCUUUCCUUCGCCUCUGCUUUGAUGCUCUGCUUAGAGAUUUGGUACAUGAUGAGCAUUUACCUCAUCACUGGAAGUUUAGAAAAUGCAGUCAUUGCUGUUGGUUCACUUUCUAUUUGCCUCAAUCUUAAUGGGUGGGAAGGAAUUUUAUUCGUUGGAGUAAAUGCUGCAAUAAGUGUACGUGUCUCGAAUGAGCUUGGUAGGAAACGUCCAAGAGCAGCCAAAUACUCAGUCUACGUGACAAUCUUCCAAGCUAUCCUAAUAGGGAUUUUCUUCAUGAUGGUUGUGUUGGUAGCCAGAGAAUAUUUGGCUUUAAUUUUCACAAACGACGCCGCUUUGAGGAAAUCCGUGUCCCACCUAGCUUACCUCCUUGGCGUCACAAUGCUUCUCAACAGUGUCCAGCAAGUAAUUUCAGGAGUGGCCAUUGGAGGCGGAUGGCAAUCAACGGUAGCCUAUGUAAACUUGGGUAGCUACUACAUCUUUGGGAUACCUCUUGGAUACGUUCUUGGUCACUUUGCAGGGUUUGGAGUUAUGGGACUAUGGGGUGGAAUGAUAAUCGGAAUUGCACUACAGACCUUAAUUCUAUCAAUCAUACUGUACAGGACCAACUGGACCAAGGAGGUGGAACAAUCGACCGAACGCGUGAGAGUUUGGGGUGGCCAAGACACAAAUAAUAAGGCUACCAAUGAUCCAAUAUGAUAUAUUUUUACUUUUAAGUUUGUAUUUUCUUAUAUCACAAAUAAUAAGGCUACCAAUGAUCCAAUAUGAUAUAUUUUUACUUUUAAGUUUGUAUUUUCUUAUAUAAUUAGUGACCACAUUUGCACUCAAAUUGUAUUGAAAAAUCUCUCUUAUUUUUCCUUAAGAAGGAUUAUAUAGUUUUGAUUGAUAAAA